AUGACAACAACGAUUAUUGUUCAUAGUCCACCUGAUGAUGAUGAUGAAAUACAAUCUCAAACUGAACAACGUCAAUUUUUAAGUCUACCAACAUCAGAUGUACCAACGCAAACAACAAUUUUUAAGCCAUUUCCACAGAGUAUACUUAAAACAAUUGAAAAUGAUCGAAAACAUCGUUUAUCUCAUUCACGUUCAGCUGCGGAUUUUUUACAUCUUAAUCAAUCAUCAAUUGAUACAGUUGAUGAUGAUUUAUAUGAUAAUUAUGACACUAUAACAGCAGUAGAUUCCAAACGAAAACAUUCAUUACUUAUAAAUUCAACUCGACCACGAUCACCAUCAGACAUACGUAUUAAUAUAGAUCCAGAUAUAUCAUCUCAUCAACAUUCAAUUAAUCUUCAAAAUAAAAUCUUAUCUUCAACAUAUGAAAAUGAAACACAUCAUUCUGAUCCAUCAUUACUUAGUAUAAAAACUUCUAAACAAAAACGUGCUGAAUAUUUAAGACGUCAUGUUCUUGAACGUCGUUUUGGUCAUCGUAUGCAUUCAACAUUUUCUUCUUCAUCAUCAACAUUACGUUCAUUAGGUCGACGUUUUCCAUUACCAACUAUUUCUCCACGUUUAAAUCAUCGUAAACGUAUACAAUAUUUAUCAAAAGAUUCUAAAUGGCAUUUAGUUCGUAAUAAUCUAACUAAAAUUGCGAUGAUGAGUGAUUCAUAUGCUCGUAUGAAAAUAAUUCAAGGUGAUUUACGUUGGAAAUAUUUACGUGAAUUAAUAGAUAAACAAAUAUUAGAUAUACGUGAAAUGUCUGUCCUUCGUCAACAAUAUGAUGGAACAUUGAAAAAAUCUCAAAAAUCAAAUUCCGAAUUAAAAUCUAUUCAUUCUAAUGAAGUUGUACAUAUCGAACAUGAUGGUCGAGUUUUUUCAAUGAAUACACGUGAUCUUGUUCUAGGUCGAGUAAAUCCUGAUGAAAAUAUACAAUUAGAUACAUUGGCUCAAUUUGAAGCAAGAAGAAAAUUUCGAAUUAAACAAAGUCUAUUAAAACAACAAGAAGGAAGAACUCGUUUAAAAAAACAUAUUGCUUUUUCAUUUUGUUUAUGUAAUUUAUCUUUUAUAGCUUUUAUGUUUGUUAGUAUGUUUAUGUUUGCUAUGAAGACUAUUAUUGAAUUGAGAACAACAGAACUUUUUUAA